AUGGGGCUCCUACCCAAGCUCGGCGCGCCUCAGGGCGGCGACGCCUCUUCUAGCCGAGCCGGCCGCUGUGCCCGCUCGGUCUUCGGCAACAUUAAGGUGUUUGUGCUCUGCCAAGGCCUCCUGCAGCUCUGCCAACUCCUAUACAGCGCCUACUUCAAGAGCAGCCUUACCACCAUUGAGAAGCGCUUUGGGCUCUCCAGUUCUUCAUCGGGUCUCAUUUCCAGCCUGAAUGAGAUCAGCAAUGCCAUCCUCAUCAUCUUUGUCAGCUACUUUGGCAGCCGGGUGCACCGUCCACGUCUGAUUGGCAUCGGGGGUCUCUUCCUGGCUGCAGGUGCCUUCAUCCUCACCUUCCCACAUUUCCUCUCCGAACCCUACCAGUACACCUUGGCCAGCACUGGAAACAACAGCCACUUGCAGGCUGAGCUCUGCCAGAAGCAUUGGCAGGACCUGCCUCCCAGUAAGUGCCACAGCACCACCCAGAACCCCCAGAAGGAGACCAGCAGCAUGUGGGGCCUGAUGGUGGUUGCCCAGCUGCUGGCUGGCAUCGGGACAGUGCCUAUUCAGCCAUUUGGGAUCUCAUAUGUGGACGACUUCUCAGAGCCCAGCAACUCGCCCCUGUACAUCUCCAUCUUAUUUGCCAUCUCUGUAUUUGGACCGGCUUUUGGGUACCUGCUGGGCUCUGUCAUGCUGCAGAUCUACGUGGACUACGGCAGAGUCAACACAGCUACAGUUAACUUGGUCCCGGGUGACCCCCGAUGGAUUGGAGCCUGGUGGCUAGGCCUGCUUAUUUCUUCAGUCUUCUUGGUUCUCACGUCUUUCCCCUUUUUUUUCUUCCCUCGAGUAAUGCCCAUAGGAACAAAGAGGAAUCCUGCCACAGCGGACGAAGCAAGGAAGUUGGAGGAGGCCAAGUCAAGAGGCUCCCUGGUGGAUUUCAUUAAACGGUUUCCCCGCAUCUUUCUGAGGCUCCUGAUGAACCCGCUCUUCGUGCUGGUGGUCCUGGCCCAGUGCACCUUCUCCUCGGUCAUUGCUGGCCUCUCCACCUUCCUCAACAAGUUCCUGGAGAAGCAGUAUGGCACCUCAGCGGCCUACGCCAACUUCCUCAUUGGUGCUGUGAACCUCCCUGCUGCAGCCUUGGGGAUGCUGUUUGGAGGAAUCCUCAUGAAGCGCUUUGUUUUCUCUCUGCAAACCAUUCCCCGCGUAGCUACCACCAUCAUCACCAUCUCCAUGAUCCUUUGUGUUCCUCUGUUCUUCAUGGGAUGCUCCACCCCAACUGUGGCCGAAGUCUACCCCCCUAGCACAUCAAGUUCUAUACAUCCGCAGCCUCCCGCCUGCCGCAGGGACUGCUCGUGCCCAGAUUCUAUCUUCCACCCGGUCUGUGGGGACAAUGGAAUCGAGUACCUCUCCCCUUGCCACGCUGGCUGCAGAAACAUCAACAUGAGCUCUGCAACCUCCAAGCAAUUGAUCUAUUUGAACUGCAGCUGUGUGACUGGGGGAUUCGCUUCAGCAAAGACAGGAUCGUGCCCUAUCCCCUGUGCCCACUUCCUGCUCCCGGCCGUCUUCCUCAUCUCCUUCGUGUCCCUGAUAGCCUGCAUCUCCCACAACCCCCUCUACAUGAUGGUUCUGCGUGUGGUGAACCAGGAGGAAAAGUCAUUUGCCAUCGGGGUGCAGUUCUUGUUGAUGCGCUUGCUGGCCUGGCUGCCAUCUCCAGCCCUCUAUGGCCUCACCAUUGACCACUCCUGCAUCCGGUGGAACUCGCUGUGCUUGGGGAGGCAAGGGGCCUGCGCCUACUACGACAACGAUGCUCUCCGAGACAGGUACCUGGGCCUGCAGAUGGGCUACAAGGCACUGGGCAUGCUGCUGCUUUGCUUCAUCAGCUGGAGGGUGAAGAAGAACAAGGAGUACAACGUGCAGAAGGCGGCAGGCCUCAUCUGA